AAGAAAGAAGAUAUCCCAGCUAUAGAGCGGAAGUAGUUGUGCUGUUCUUCCGGUAGCGGCACAUGUGCUUGGGUUCCCCUCGUGCACGCUGAAGUACGUUGGAAGAGCAACUUAAGUGCAACUACGUCGUAGUAUUCGAAAAGUACAACAGACCAUGAGGCCAGGGUUCAGUCCAAGAGGAGGACGGGGAGGAUUUGGUGACCGCGGGGGAGGACGAGGAGGAUUUGGUGACCGCGGGGGAGGACGAGGAGGAUUUGGUGACCGUGGAGGACGAGGAGGGUUCAGAGGAAGAGGUGGAUUCAGGUCCCCAGAUGGAGGUGGUUUCAGAGGACGGGGUGGUGGCAGAGGUACGCCAAGAGGAGGAAGAGGAGGAAGGGGUGGCAGAGGCGGCUUUGGAGCAGGAAGGAAGGUCAUGGUGGAGCCACACAGACAUGAAGGUGUGUUCAUCUGCAGGGGAAAGGAGGAUGCCCUGGUCACCAAGAACAUGGUGGUAGGAGAAUCCGUGUAUGGAGAGAAACGGAUCAGCGUGGAUGAAGGUGAGACUAAGAUCGAAUACAGAGCGUGGAAUCCUUUCCGCUCCAAGCUGGCAGCGGCCAUCUUGGGAGGAGUUGACCAGAUUCACAUCAAACCCGGCGCAAAGGUCAUGUACCUGGGAGCCGCUUCUGGUACGACAGUGUCUCACGUCUCGGACAUUGUUGGGCCGGAAGGGCUCGUGUACGCUGUAGAGUUUUCUCACAGAUCGGGCCGUGAUCUUCUCAACGUGGCAAAGAAACGUACCAACAUCAUUCCCAUCAUCGAAGAUGCUCGCCACCCGCACAAGUACAGAAUGUUGGUUGGAAUGGUGGAUGUCAUUUUUGCUGAUGUUGCCCAGCCUGACCAGACGAGGAUUGUUGCCUUAAAUGCUCACAACUUCCUGAAGAACAGCGGACACUUUGUCAUCUCCAUCAAGGCUAACUGUAUCGACUCCACGGCCGCCCCAGAGGCCGUGUUUGCCUCUGAAGUGAAGAAGAUGAGUGCAGAGAACAUGAAACCACAGGAGCAGCUCACGCUGGAGCCCUAUGAAAGAGACCACGCCGUGGUGGUGGGCAUCUACAGACCGCCACCCAAAGGGAAGAAAUGAGACUGGUUGAAGGAACCACGCUCAACCACCAUCUGCCACCUUGCUUUUCCUUCUUUGCUGCUCAGCCACAUGAUAUCCUACCAGGACGUGCAAAACACCCCCAACUGGACUGUACCUGUUUUGCUUGGAUUUACUUUUACUAUUCCAUUAUAGCAAUGAUGGGUUUUGAGUGCGGGCAGUACUGUUUUUUUUUUUAACAUUUCUAUUAUGUACAUCUUUAUCUUGUGCUCUUUUUUUUUUCUUGUCAUCCAUAGAGAUGUCCCAGUAUGUCUAGCACCAACUUGCUGUCAAACAUUUUGUGGAGUUUGGCAACAUGUCGUCAUGCUAUAUGAUGCUAUUUCAUUUAAUAGUGAAUACCAUCAAUGGACAUGCAUGGGGAUGGCUUUGGAAAAAGAGUGUUUAGUUUUGUCAACAUUUUUAUUACAGACAAUGACAGUGCUGCCAUUAUGAUGACAUAUGAGCUUUUACACUGUAAAUAAAACUGUUGCUUUACACAAA